GAAUUAUUUUAUUUACAAUGCAUGAUGUACAUAGUCUUUUAUCUUGUUCUCGUGAGAGUGUGAAAUGGGAAAUCAUAUUUACAGGGAAUUACUGGGACGAUAAAACAAGGCAUUAAUGGUCCGAUUUACUGACGCCAAAAAAAUCCGUUGAAUGAAUGUGCAACUGGUCCGAAUUUUCUAUUCACACACGCCUUGCCGGUAGAGCUCGCUUCGCGCCGGCGCUGCGCGCCGGCGAGCUGCGCUCGCUAUUAUCAACUUCCUUGUUGAGAGCAUGCGCAUUACGUCAGGUAGACACAACAUGGCCCAAAGUAACAACUGUUGGUGUGGCUGUUGCGCGCAAAACCGUAACCGCUGUAGGCGCCAUUCACUCUUUGGUAUAAAAAGGUGCUUAGAUCAGAUUCAAAUCACUACCAACAGAUCUUCCAAGAUGCAUUCCUCAGCUGCUGUCGCCGCUCUCUUAGUUCUCGGUGUUGCCCUCGUCCGUGCCGACAUGGGUUAUUCCAACAGUGGAUACGAUCAAUCAGGGUACACAAGCGGAUACGCAAGUGGAUACGACCAAAGUGGAUACACAAGUGGAUAUACUGGAGGAUAUGCAGGAGGAUAUGACAGCGGGUAUGGAUACAGCACCGGUAUGGGCGCAUAUGGACAGGGUAUGUCCGGAUACGGACAAGGUUUAUCCGGAUAUGGACAUGGUUCAUCCGGAUAUGGGCACGGUACAUCCGGAUAUGGUCACAAGAAAUCCAUGAAAUCAGUCUACGUCCCUUACCCAGUCCCAGUGGAAGCACCCGUCCAGCAGCCACUCCCCCUCCCAGCCCUUGGUCUGGGUGUUGGAGCUGAAACCAGAAACCAGGGAAUCUUUGGAGGAAACGGUGCUCUGCUUUUGGGUCUCUUGGCUCUUACACCAAUCUUGUUGAACAACAACAACUCAGGUUAAACCGUUAAACCCCAAUAAAUCUCCCUUUGCCAAAAAUUAAGAUGUUCUUCACGGCCCUCAGGGAAGACAAGAUGGAUCUAUAUUAACAGUUUAUUUUAUAUAUGUUAAAAUAAAUACUGUUGUAAAAAACAA